UGUAAGACCAUGGACCAUGUGCAUCGUUUAUUUUUUUAGCACUAAAUCUGAAACGGUGACCGUUUUGAAAGGCACGUGGCUCCAGCUGGUAGGUGAAGUGGGCCCUUACUUACAAAAAAAGCAAUUAUCGCUGAUCAGCCGCACCGAACCUUAAGCUCACAUAGGCGCAACCACAUCUAAUCAUCCAUCCCUGACCAACCACUUAGUGGCGGACCCCACCCGAAAGAAAUUAUGUGCAAAAAGUCGCUCCUCCUACUCUCUUACACAUCGUUCAACCACCCCCAGUGGGGCCCACCAGGAAAACUCCACUGCGUUGUUGGUGAACCUGAAACCCCACUUCUCUCUCCCUCUCCAAAAACGCCAACUCCUCCUAUAUACCACCACCUUCACCACCGCCGCUUAAGGACUUACAAAAUACAAAGAAGCGAAUCGCAGACACGUUUCGUGUCGAUGCCGCCCGAAACGCCGCCGAACUUCUGGGGCCACAUGCCGGAGGAGGAGUACUACUCCUCCCAAGGCGUGCGAAACACCAAGUCCUACUUCGACACCCCCAACGGCAAGCUCUUCACGCAGAGCUUCCUGCCGUUGGAUCGCGAGAAAGUUAAGGGCUCCGUCUUUAUGACCCACGGCUACGGCUCCGACACCGGCUGGCUUUUCCAGAAGAUCUGCAUCAGCUUCGCCUCCUGGGGAUACGCCGUCUUCGCCGCCGAUCUCCCCGGGCACGGCAGAUCCGACGGCCUCCGCUGCUACCUCGGCGACCUGGAGAAGAUCGCCGCCACUUCCUUAUCCUUCUUCCUGCACGUCCGCCGCAGCGAAUUGUACCGAGACCUCCCCGCCUUCCUGUUCGGUGAAUCCAUGGGAGGGGCCACCGCCAUGCUCAUGUACUUCCAAUCGGAGCCCAACACGUGGACGGGGCUGAUCUUCUCGGCGCCGCUCUUCGUGAUGCCGGAGAACAUGAAGCCCAGUAAGGUCCGGCUGUUCAUGUACGGUAUGCUGUUCGGGAUCGCUGACACGUGGGCGGCGAUGCCGGACAACAAGAUGGUCGGGAAAGCGAUAAAGGACCCGGAGAAGCUAAAGAUCAUAGCGUCCAAUCCGAGGAGGUACACGGGAAAGCCGAGGGUGGGGACGAUGAGAGAGCUGGCUAGAGUUUGCCAGUACAUACAGGAUAACUUCGGGAAGGUGACGGCGCCGUUUUUGACGGUGCAUGGGACUUCGGACGGGGUGACGUGUCCGACAUCGUCGAAGCUGUUGUACGAGAAGGCUAGCAGCGAGGAUAAGAGCUUGAAGCUUUACGAGGGGAUGUACCACUCGCUGAUACAAGGGGAGCCCGACGACAACGCUAAUCUUGUGUUGGCGGAUAUGAGAGAGUGGAUUGAUUCCAGGGUUGAGAGGUAUGGCUCCAGAGCUGGUUGAAUUAAAUGCCACCUGGCAUAAUCCAUAUCCAAAAUGGAAUAAGACAUAUUAGUAUUUUCGAUAGAGCUUUUUUUUUUUUUUUUUUUUUUUUUAUCCCAAGACAUUUUUACAUAUUUACCUUGUUGGGGAAUGCAUAUGAUAAAUUGUAACGAAA